CUUGAAGAAGCGCCAUUUUCGGCGUUGUCAUACAGCAUGUCGCUAAUGUUUAUCACAUAAUAAGAACGAAUUUCAGUGUUUGUUAUUAUACGUUAGGUUUCUAAGUACUAUCUGAAAAUGGGGCGAAAGAAGAAGAAGCAGAUGAAGCCAUGGUGCUGGUAUCCUUUGGUUUGGGGAAUAGACAAAACGCGAAUCAUGAAAGGAAAGUGAUGGCUCGAGUGCUUAGCAAGCUAGCUAGCGAAGUAAGAUACUGUAGGCCUCACAAGACCUGUUCGCAAUUUUGAUACUUUAUCGUCUUUUUGUAAUAAUGUUGUGGCAAUUUCAUUUUCCAACAGUCUCUCUUCUAGUUUUAUUUCAACAAAGUAAACCUGAUGGUGUAUAUUGACAAACAUUUUAGCCGGAAAUAUAGCUACGUUGGCUAACUAACUAGCGACAUUAUUAGUUAGCACGGUAUUGUAUUCAUUAUGUAAGUUAAGCUAAUUAGCUAUCUCGAUGCAGCUACCCAGUUUAUGACGCUUAGUCGGCAUACUUUGUCUGUCAUAGAUGGUGGUCAGAAGUUGUGCUCAAAGAGUAGUUAUACCUUACGUUGAAAUAAAGGGGUAAUAGCAGGGAGCAGGCACCCUCGAUUGAAUUAAAUGAAAUCAUCUAACAUUAGCUAGCUUGCUAACGUUAGUUUAUACUUUCUGUCUGAAAUUUCCUUAAUUCACAACUUGAAGGUAUUGUAAUCGAGAUUUCGAUGAUGAAAAGAUCCUCAUCCAACAUCAAAAGGCCAAACAUUUUAAGUGCCAUAUAUGUCACAAGAAGUUGUACACUGGUCCAGGGCUGGCAAUCCACUGUAUGCAGGUUGGUAUUCACAUUAACAACAUGUUGAUUAUUAAUUCAUCUGUGUUGUCAAACCUUUUAUUUGUGAUAUGAAUCAUUGAUGUUGUGUGUGUUUCAGGUUCACAAAGAGACCAUCGAUGGGGUCCCCAACGCCAUACCUGGAAGGGUAGACAUAGAAUUGGAAAUCUAUGGCAUGGAAGGAAUUCCAGAGAAGGAUAUGCAGGAGAGGAGACGGACGUUAGAACAAAAACAGGGUUAGUGUCAACAUCCUUCCCUGCAUUUGUAGUGAGACAUGGGGGGAGUUUGACAAUAGAAGUCUACAGCCAUGUCUCAGGGCAAAUCAUCUUAAAGAAAUACUGUGUGACUAAAAUACCCCUUUACCUUGUGUUUACAGAGAGCCAGAAGAAGAAGCAGAAUCAGGAUGACUCUGAUGAGGAUGACGAGGAUGAUGAUGCUCCAGGCCCUUCGUUCGUUCAGCAGCAGAUGCCUACUGCCCAGCCCCAGGCUAGCUAUGUCCCUCCCAUGGCCCAGCCCGGCAUGCCCCCCGGGGCCAGGGCUCCAGGCAUGCCACCAGGAGCUUACUCAGGUAGAACAUGGGCAGAAUGGCCAUACGAUUGCUAUUUUCUGCCAGGAAGACAUUCGCAUGAAGUAAUGAUGAUUGGCAAAAAUGUUCAACUGCUCUGAAUUGUGAAUGAAUCAUGCCCGUUCUGAACAACCCACAAACUGGAAAAUAGAAAUUUCCAGCAUCACCAUAUAAUGGCUUAUAAACUAUACCUGGUGUAUUGUUUAAAAUCUAUUUUCUUCCCAAUACAGGAAUGCCCCCUAUGAUGCCAGGACACGGUGUCCCGCCCAUGAUGCAUGGGAUGCCCCCUGGUAUGCACGGAAUGCCACCAGGGUGAGUACUGCGUCACCCCAGUCUGUAUAGGAAAAUGUGAGCGUCCCGUUCGCAUUCAGCUCCAAUUCAAACUGACAAUUAAGGCAUUGCUUUUUAUCAGUAGUUGAGACAAGAGGGGGAACAUUUAGGCUUGCAGGGUAAGGGUUUUGUUCAAUAGUCCCCUGUAGCUCAGUUGGUAGAGCAUGGCGCUUGCAACGCCAGGGUUGUGGGUUCGUUUCCCACGGGGGGCCAGUAUGAAAAAUGUAUGCACUCACUAACUGUAAGUCGCUCUGCAUAAGAGCGAGCGUCUGCUAAAUGACUAAAAUGUAAUACUAACUCAUACUACUCAGUGGGUGACAUUUUCCCCUCUCAAAGACACACAAAGCCACGGUACGUUUGCUCACUCUGCAGGAGGAAAAUGUCGCACGGAACUGGUCCGUCACUGAAGAAUCUGCCUCAUUAUUACAGCUUCAGACAGUUAGAUUUGCUCAUUUAGAUUAUAACUCACACCUGUUGGUUUGAUCUCCUUACAGCAUGAUGCACGGGAUGGGAGGGAUGAUGCCUCCAAUGAUGCAAGGGAUUCCCGGUAUGCCCCCAGGUAAGCACUGUCCUAGGAGGUACCCCUUUUCCCCUCCCUUACUCCAGUCACUCUGUACCCAGUGGGGUGGUCUGGCAUUGACAGGGGAUACAGCAACGUGGCCCUCUCUCAUCUAGGACUAUUCUCCUAUAUGAGGCUUAUGAGAGCUGACAAUUUCACAAAACUAGCAUAGCGCAUAGAGCUGGGCGACAUAAACAAAAAUCGAUUAAAUGAUAAGCUUAUAACAUUAAUGUGCACCACAGUUAUUGUUUUAAUAUUACCCUUAAACUACUACUACUACUUCUCUGAAUGUUGUAGCUAUCAAUUGUCCAGUUAUCAAUCACCUAUAUUAGCAAACUUAUUUAGUUUCAAACUUCACAUUUCUCUAGUAGGGCCCUAUAGGUUAUUUAUAGAAAUGAACGAUAUCAGCAAAAUGUCCACGAUAAGUUUGAUCGUUUUUGGUUUAUCGUCCCAGCUCUAGUAGCACAGAAUCAUGUUCACUCUCAAAUCUAUCCUAGAAAGCAUCUGCUAUGAUAUUUGUAAUGGAUUCCCUAACUUCCUGAGAAAGAACUGUGAUUUGAUAUUGAGCCCUGAUGUCUUGUCCUCCAGGAAUGCCACCCCACAUGGGUCACCGUCCUGGUAUGCCCCACAUGGGCCAGGCCCCCUCCGCGGCAGGGAUGCCCCGACCCGCCGCAGCAGCCCCUGCUGCCGUCAGCAAGCCCCUGUUCCCCAGCGCAGUACAGGUGGGUCUCCUCGCCUAGAAGCGAGGUGAGAUGGAGGUGUAGCUUGUCAUAACUGGUUUACCUUAUUUAAAUAGUGUCCAUUGAGUAAUUCACCAAGAGGAUUUCCUCUGUAGUAAGAUGAAGUGCUUAUUUUAAGAGUCACUGUCUGAAGGUUGUACUGGUGCGCUCAUCUCAGGCACAUGCAUACUAUCAGAGUAUCAUCAUUAAUGAUAGGGAGUAGGCUUGGGCGGUAUCCAGAUUGUCAUACCUUCAUACCGAUCUUGUGCCAUAUCGGGAUAUUCGGUAAUACCGGUACUGAACACAAGGGGCACUAUUUUCAAAUUCACUGAGCUUUUAAAAUCUGAAGGUUAGCAAUACUAACAAGUACAUGUAAAAUCCCAUAGAGAAUGCUAACUGUCACAUUGCGAACAUUUUAAGAAAGUCUCUGACCUAAACAAUUUUCAGGACCGACAUCCCAGCUCACAAAGUUAUAAAAGUAACUAAAAAAUGCUACAGUUUGCUGCAGCUACAAAACAAAUAUUAGACGGCAAGUCUCUUGAUCCAGGAGGGGAUUCUCUGCUGAUAACGGCAAGCGAAGCUUGAUUUUGUAAGAAGCUAACCACUUAGCUAGAUAGCUACUAAAUUAACAAACCAAAUGUACAGCUGCAGAGCAUUUAGCACAUUUUAGACAGUUAAGUUAAAGUUAAGACAUCUACAUUUUACAUUUACGUCAUUUAGCAGACGCUCUUAUCCAGAGCGACUUAGUUAGUGAGAGCAUACAUUUUUUUCAUACUGGCCCCCUGUGUGAAUCGAACCCACAACCCUGGCGUUGCAAGCGCCAUGCUCUACCAACUGAGCUACACGGGGCGUCAUCUAGCUGGCAAACAUUUAGUUGUGAAUUCCAUACUGUAACUAGAUCACCUGGCGUGUGCUGCACAACAGUGAGUGACUCAAGGCUCUGGUCUCUUGUUAUUGUGUGCUUGUAAACAAACCAUGUGACUGGGUACUACCGGUAAUCUUCAUAAUGAACAAUUAUGUUAAAUGAAAAACGCGAUCUUUAUCUCCUAACAUAUUGCACAAGUUGACUGCAGGUAUUUACUUAAGUAGCUACAAAUAUUAAAAUGUAUUAAAAAACUUCAAAGAAAUAGUUUCAAUGUUAUUGAAAAACCAUCCCGUGGCUAUUUCCAAAUACCCAGGUAUACCGCCCAAGCCUAAUAGGGAGCAGCAAUAGCAGCGUUGUAUCAGUAAUGCAUCCAUAGUAAGGAACAAUGGUCAACUAUAGCUCAUUAUCAACUGCCCUCUGCUAGUAUUCACUCUAGGUUCUGCUAGUGUUGUUCACACUCUGCCUCUCUUCUUUAUGCUUCAGAUGGGCUCUCAUGUUCCAAACACCAUCACAGCCUCUCCCAGUAGCACUGCAGACUCUCAGUCUGCUGCCUCUAAGCCUCGGUUCUCUAACUCUCCACAAGUAGGCAGGACUGUUUCACUUAAUGUCCCAUAGAGAUGCUUGUGGCAUGCAGCAUAUCAGCUUUAUUUGGUUGAGAAUGCUACAAACGUACUGUUCUGACAUAUAAACAAGUUAAGGUAACAUAUUCGGCAGGCUUUUUUGACAUUCCUUAUGCAUUUUUAUGAAUCGCUCCACCAAGAGGAUGAGCUGACGUUCGGCUUUCCCUUGGGAGGACUUGCUGCAUGCCUGUGUGUGGCCUUCCUUCGUUUUCUUAGCACUGGAUUGGUGAUUUUAAAAUGUAUUUUGUUUAGGCACAGCUUGCAUUUAGCUUAUUUUUCCCUCCUGUGACUUGUUAGCUUGAUUUCCUCAGAUGGUAUUUUGCACAAUGCAAUGCUUAUCAGCAAUGUGUGACAUGACACAAGUGUUUCUUGAGUGUUUCAGCCUUUGCGGAAAAAAUGCUGAACUGACUUUUUGAAAGUGCAGUUUUAUAUGAAUAUAACCACCUGUGGAAUCCUGAUAUUUUCCAGUCAUUGAAAGUGCUAAUCGGCUCAGCGUUAAUUUGAUGUACAGUGCACUCUGCUCAUAAAAAUCUGAGGAAUCAACCAAUCGCUUGUUGUGAUCAAAAAUCAUGGGACAGAAAUUCUAUUUAGGAAGCACUUUUAAGGAAUCAAUGGGUCAAAAGUCUAAAUAUCUGAUUCCUAUGAGAGGACAGCAUUGUAAUCUGUGUGUGAUUGAGUCACUCACCCAUCUGACAGUGCCUCUUCCUUCCUGUCUCCCAGGCCCAGCAGAGUGCCUCUGGAGCUGUGCCCCACAGCGCGCCCUCCACCUCCUCCGACCCUCCCAAAGCAACAUUCCCCGCCUACACCCAGUCCUCUGCCUCCUCCUCUAUCCCCCCUAGUAACACUGUGGCCAAGCCCCCCGCCACAGUGACCAGUAAGCCAGCCACCCUCACCACCACGAGUGCAACCAGUAAGUUGAUCCACCCUGAUGAGGAUAUCUCACUGGUAAGUUGCUCCUGCUUUGCGUUUUGCCCUUUCACAGUAAGUAAUGAAUGAGAUAAAGUACUUUUAUCUGUCGCGUUACUGUUUUGAUACUUGUAAUAUUUGUUUAAAACAAAGUAGUCAAAUAUAAUGUAAUUGAGUUGUGUGAUUUGUCCUUGCCGUUGCACUGAAAGGGAUAGGCUAGAGUUGCGUGAUGUUUAAGAAUCCCCUCUGUGUUUGUCUGCCCGGUAACAGGAGGAGCGACGGGCUCAGUUGCCCCGGUACCAGCGUAACGUGCCCAGGCAGGGGCAGGUCCACAUGUCUGCCCCUCCUGUGGCGGCUGUGGGCGGCAUGAUGCCCACACAGCAGGGCAUGCCCCCCCAGCAGCCUGGCAUGAGGCACCCCAUGCAUGGUAAGAGACGUUAUGGCAUCACCAGACCAAAAAUGAACUGGAGGAGAGAAACUUGUAGCCUUUGUGAUGGCAUGAAAGACCAAGUAUCAUACCAGUCAAAACAUAUGGUAGAGAACAAUGAAUCACUCUAACACUAGCAACAUGAUGUUUUUGCUUUUGCCACUUUGCAUUGUGAGCGUGAUGUUUUAAUAUGCUUCCUCCUCCCUCCAGGUCAGUAUGGCGGUCCCCCCCAGGGCAUGCCUGGCUACAUGCAGGGCGGGAUGCCUCCGUAUGGGCAGGGCCCUCCGAUGGGAUACCAAGGAGGGCCUCCCAUGGGCAUGCGGCCCCCCGUCAUGUCUCCUGCCGGACGAUACUGAAGCAGUCGCAACGACCUUGACCCCUCACUAGGUUUGGAGGUUAAACCUUUUCUCACCUUGUGCUUUUUAAAACUAGCCCAAGCCAAUGAGCAGUAAGACCAACCAGUGAUGGUGAAGAAAAGUAUUGAUGAAAAAAAAAAUAUAUAUAUAUAUACGCAGCACA